AUGAAGUACUUUCGUGCGCUUCACCCUCAUGCACCUGAGAAACCGACAGCCGAAGAUGAUCAAACCAAGCGUGUCGACGAUCCGUCGUGCGUCUGCCACUUCAGAUAUCCCAUCCGUUUCCCCAAGCUCGAAGCCGUCGUAUGCGGUCCGGAGACAGGCCAGAUCCGCGAGCUGCACCAGAGCGAAACCCAGCUAGACGUGGCCUUCGAUGCGGUCGGCAGCCGAAUGCUCAUCAACGAGCACUAUCCCAACCCCGUCAACCGCUGCAUGUCGGUAGACGUCAGCCUGAUCCUCAAAGCCAAGUACGUGCAGUUCGUGAACCUCGAAGGUCUCUCCGACCACUCCCUGCUCCUCACCUUGCGGAUCGGACGCACCGCCUCGGCCGUGAGGGGCAACAAGAUGAGCCUGAAGGAGAAAGUGCGCGGCUUCUUCGAGUGUCCGCCCUACAUGCGCCUGUUCGAGGAUCUGUACGAGUGCCGCUGGCCGGAGAAGUUCAUCCAGAUCCGGCUGCCUGAGAAACGAUGCAAGCGUUGGAAGACGGUGGCGCUGAUCCUCAAGGCGUUCAACCAGAUCACCUCCGAGAACUAUUGUCAGAUGGCGGGGAUGAUGAUGACCCCUCGUGUCGGGGGCUUGGAUGUGCGCGCCAUCCAGGGGGAGAUCAAAGCCAGGAAGGAGAAGGGCAAGGGAUCGAAUAAGGUCCGCCGUCGGGAGCCUGUCUCGGCCAAAUACAAAGUUGCAGUGAGCGACGCGGACAAGAUUGAGCGCGUGAACCAGGCAUACGCGGUGCAUCUCAUGGCCUUCAUCAAUUCCUCCCCGUUCACUCCGCGCGAGUAUAUCGACAGGCUCUCUUGA